AGCAGCAGCAGCAAGAGGAGGGCGGGCAGGAGGAGCAGCAGAAGCAAGGGGGCGAGAGUGGCGAUGCUGGAGAUGGUGGAAGGCCAGUCACACAAGACAAGAAGCCACCACGCAAGAUGGACUUUCUGCUGUUCAGCGGCUAUCGCAGCACCAUGGACACGUUUGUGGCCAUUGGCAACAUCCGCCCCAACCGCACGCUCACCGACCUUGACUGCUGGUGGCGCACGAAGAAGGGGUCGCGGCUGGCGGGGCGCGUGUCGGUGAAGCGCGUGGCGGAGAUGGCGCUGGGGCCGGCGGUGAUCAAGAGUCGUGGCAAGGGCCAGGAGUUGGCGGCGCUGCUGUUCUGCAUCCUGGAGGAGGAGGCCAACCUGCGCACGGGCGGUGCCCUGCGCAUGAGUGUGAACGGCGCGGAGCUGCUUGUGUACGAGGAGGACGCCAACCCCGGCUACAAGCUCAAGUUCGCUGCGGAGGAGACGCUGGUGUACGACGUGAUGUACUGCUCGCCGCCGCUGCAGCGCGAGUACGACACGCUGCGCCUGUACCAGUGGGUGGAGUUCCACCGCAAGGUGCACCGCAUCGACUUCUUCCAGCUCUACGACGCGGGGGGCGUCACGGACGACUUCCUGGGCGUGGCCGAGUCGUUUGUCAACGAGCGCCUGCUGGCUGUGCUCGACAUGCGCAUGGCCGCCAAGCACGACCCCUUCAUGCACGGCCAGCUGCUAGCGGCGCACGACUGUCUUUACUUUGCGCGCACGACGGCGCGGUGGGCGCUGUUCCUGGACGUGGACGAGUACCUCUAUGUCACGGCACCACCGCACUCCAUCCACGCCACGCUCCACAAGCACAAGCGGUCCACGUUCCUGACGGUGGGGUCAGUGCGAUACUUCACGGAGCGGUGUGCGGCGCCACCCGAGGGUGAGGAGUUCAAUGGGUGGGAGGUGGAGCGCAUGGUGUUCUGCGACCCGCACCCCACGUGCUCCAACACCACCCUGCACACCAACCGCAACCUGUGCCUGGGCAACGAGGGCAGCCGCAAGUACAUGGUGGACCCGCGCAAAACAUCCAUGAUUGCG